AUGAACACCAAAAAUAUCUGGUAUAAAUUCGAAGGUCGUCGCGCAAAUAAAAUUAUUGAACUUUCUGGCGAUGAUAUUAUUGAUUUUCUUGGAGCAGUGAGAACAAAAGAAAGACUUUCAUGUAGUGCAUCAACAUUGACUCUACGUGCGAAAAAGGAAACUGUUAUAUACACCUUAAAUGACUUCUAUGAAUUUGUUAAAGCAUUUGUGAUCUGUAAACUUAAUCCAAUAGAAUUGCCUGGCAAAACUCUCGGGUUUCGACGGGGUCAUUGGCAAAAAUGUAAUAAACCUUAUUGGCAAGCCCGUCAAAAACAUAACGUCAAAUGUCAAAUGUCAAAUCUAUAUUAUAUACUUAUUAACAAAUCCGUGAAUAUAGAGUUUCGAUUUUUGCAAUUUGCUAAAAUGAGUUUUGCCAGGGAAUCCAACUUGUAG